AUGAUUACUAGAAUAGGUUCUGAAGAUGAAUAUAAUUCCAUAAAAAGUUCCACUGAAUUAUCAGACUAUGAGGCUGUUAUUCUUUCUCGAAAUCAGAUAUUAAUUCCUGGACUUGUUGAUUGUCACACCCAUGCCCCACAGUUUCCAAACAUUGGUUUGGGUCUAGACCGCCCAUUACUUGAGUGGUUGGACAAGUACACAUUUCCAUUGGAAAGGAAGUAUAUGGAUGUCAACUUUGCUAAGAGCAUUUAUGAACAAGUUGUUGUGAGCAUGAAUAUUGAAAAUGAUGCAGGCUACUAUAAUGAUACUGCAAAAGAAUUGUUAGAAGUCGAAGAAUUCAUACAAAAAGUAUUGAAGCACAAGAAUGAUUUGGUAGCACCAGUCAUCACCCCAAGGUUUGCAGUAAGCUGUAAUGAGACAUUAAUGAGAGGACUAUCAGAAAUAGCAAACAGAUAUGGAUGCAGAACUCAGAGUCACAUAUCAGAAAAUCUCAAGGAAAUUGAGCAUGUUUUGAAUAUAAAUCCCGGUUGCAAAAGUUAUUCAGAAGUGUAUGACAGAAGCUACAUUUUAAACAAUAAGUGCAUAAUGGCACAUGCAGUAUAUCUUAGUGAUGAUGAGAUUGCAUUGUUGGCAAAGAAAGGGGUUUCCGUUGCUCAUUGUCCAUCUUCCAAUACAAGACUCAGAUCAGGCCUUUGUCCUGUUAGAAAGCUCCUCGAUAAUGGCCUUACAGUUGGCCUAGGGACAGACGUGUCUGGGGGCGACAGCGCCAAUAUAUUGGACGCGAUGCGUCGCGCCAUGGACGUUUCGACCCACCUCGAACUUAUCGGAGACGCGAAACGCGCGUUGAGCUGGAGGGAAGUCUUCUAUCUGGCAACACUGGGAGGGGCAAAAGCACUGCAACUCGACGACAAAAUCGGCAGUUUCGAAGUGGGCAAGGAGUUCGACGCGUUAGUGGUGGACGUUUACGCGAGCGGCGGACAAGUAGACCACCACCCAUACUCCAUGGAGGAAAACGAGGAGGAGCACCUCUUUGGUCUACUGCAGCGAUUCGUGUACGUCGGCGACGACAGGAACAUCACUCAGGUGUAUAUCAAGGGCAGAAGCGUGAAGCGUUCGUGU